CUACGGAAGGAGCGGCAGCAGGACGGACUUCAGACCGACUGUCCGCUUCGUUGUGUCGGAUCCACUCAGCGCUGCGGCCCCGGGGCAUGCUGGGAGUCACCUGGACGUUCACCUGACCGGACCUGGGACUCAUUUAUCGGAUUAAUUUGACCUGUGUGUCCGCAGCAGGACCGUUAGACCACCGGUUGAUCCCGGAGCUGCAGACACCAGUCUGAGGACCUGAGUCUGGAUCCACUUCGUUUAACCCGGUUUAUUAUAACCCGGUUUAUUAACCCGGGUUGAGUUAACGGGUCGGUGUGAGCGAGUGAUUGAACCAGGUGAGUCUCCAGGUGGUUCUGAUCCGGUCCUUACAAUGCAGACCCGGACCCUGGUGCUGCAGAGACGCUAAGCUCACACCGGACGCUCUGACGGAGGACAUGCCGCUCUCCGCCGCCGCCCGGGAGCGGCUGGAGGCCACCGUGUCCGGACUCGGGGAGCUGGAGUACCUGCGGCAGCGGCAGGAGGUGCUGGUCCGAGCGGCGCUGGAGCUCCGGCAGGAGGAGGAGGAGGAGGAGGAGGAGGAGCUGCGGAGGGAGAAGCUCCUGGAGGAGAACAUCCUCCUGCUCCGGAAACAGCUGAACUGUCUGAGGAGGAGGGACGCCGGUCUCAUCAGUCAGCUACAGGAGUUGGACCGACAGAUUAGUGACCUGCGACUGGACACUGAGGCGUCACACGAACAGCUGGAGACUGACAGCCGACCCAGUUCAGGUUUCUAUGAGUUGAGUGAUGCGGCGUCCGGCUCUCUCUCUAACUCGUCUAACUCGGUCUUCAGUGAGUGUUUCUGUCCAUUGGCGGACGCCGAUGGACGCCUCCUGUCGGCAGAUGAGCUGGCUGGCUGUUUGGAGUGUGACGGUUUGGCUGGAGGCCUUUGUGAUGACUUGUCUUCCUCCGGUACAGUCCGCCGCUCGCUCUCAGCCCCUCACCCGCCCACCCUGGACCCCGUCUCCUGUGACUCCCAAUCCAAGUACCACUGUGACCUGGUGGCCCGAAACGGCAGCGACGUGUACCGCUACCCGAGCCCACUGCACGCUGUGGCAGUCCAGAGCCCUGUCUUCCUGAAGAUGUUGGGUCACAGCAGAGACGAAGGGCUUCUGAAGAGCGCUGAGGCUGGUGAACCUUCUGUUUCAGCUCCUCUUGUACCUCAGAGCUCCUCUUGGCCAGCCGCCUCCGCUUCCUCCUCCCAGACUCCUUCCCAUAAGCGACUGGACAGCUACAUCUACAGUCUACUGCAACGGAGGGCCCUGCCCAUCAGGACCAGCAGACCCAGGACCAGCAUCAGUACUGACCCAUCUAAGAGCAUACUGAGGCAGGCCAGUCUCUCUGUGAGGCAGGUCUCUGGAUCUGGUUUAGGGACUCUGAGAGGGUCUGAAAUCAAACCCUCCUGGCUGGCUGGAAGAGCUUCAGCCGACGGUGCCGCCACCUCGUCUCCUCAGAGGCAGUGGUCUGUGGAAAGUAAAUCUGAGGAACGGGAGACCCACAGUGUUUUCCCUGACAGCUCUCCUCUUAGGAAUGGCAUUCAAAAUGGCUCCUCUCUCACUAAUACAAGCACUAACAGUCUGCUGAAAAAGAAAAGCAAAAGGCUUCUUUCUCUCUCAGCAGCGUCCACCGCUACGCUGCCGAAAGACUUCAGGGAGCCGGACAAUCCCAAAGCUAACUCCUCCCCGAAAGAAACCCAGGAACUGCUCCUUAAAUCGUCACCAGUCAUCAAAACAGCUACUCACAAGAACGGCCCAAAGCCUCUACAAACUGGCCCGACAGAGAAGCUUGAGGGGUCAGUGCUAGAGAUAGCCAGCCUCGGUUCUUCCUCCCAGAGUCAGGAUGAAGCUGGAGGUGACGAAGGAGAGAUGGUAAAUGCCAAGUACAUCCCCACCCAGCGACAGAACGUCAAACUCCGCAAGGGUGGCAGCAAGACUGUCAAGACUAUCAAGAUGAUGAAAACGAGUCGGGGCUAUGAACACAAUGUGUCAGAGAAAUCCCACCAUAGGUCCAGCUCUAAGAAGUCCCGGCUUUUGGAAGAUGGAGGUUCAAUCCACAUCAAAGUCUCCAAGAGAGUAGCUUGUGGUGCCUCCUCUAAAAUCAAACGUCUCCCUGCGUCCAUCCCAGAAGGCAGAGUUUUGGACAAACACACCCCGUCAACAUUAAGCAGCGUGCGGUCUGGAGCAUCCAGGCACCAUCACCAUGGAAGACACCACCACAACAGUGGGAACCCCCACCAACAUGGGCAUCAUCACCACGGCCGCGACCAGGUCGUUGUAGUCGCUAAACCGAAGUAUAAACGAAACGAUUACCGGCGGUUACGUGCGAUCAUGGAGGUGCCGUACGAUGAGGCGUUCAGGCGUGCUCAGCGGCGGCAGAGAAAGGAGCUGUUGAGCCAUUCUGCAGCCAAUGUCUUCCUACCCUCCGAAGGGCCAUUGAACAGCCCAUACGCCUACGUGACAGGAAGUGACUCAGAGUAUUCAGCCGAGUGCGCGUCACUCUUUCACUCCACCAUCGUGGACACCAGUGAAGAUGAGAGGUCCAACUACACCACAAACUGCUUCGGGGACAGCGAGUCCAGUGAGGAGGAGUACGUGGAGGAGAGCACCACAACAAGUGACACUGAGGAGAGCGGAGGAGGCGGGGCUGGGGCAGGUGGAAUGGGCAGAGGGAGGAGUCACUCCCGGGCAGCGGGGUCCCGGGCAGCAGAGCAUGAAAUGAGUCCAGCUCAGGCGAAGGCCUUUGUGAAGAUCAAGGCUUCUCACAACCUGAAGAAGAAGAUCCUUCGGUUCAGGUCAGGUUCUCUCAAACUCAUGACCACCGUGUGACUCAAGUGCCAAACUGGACCAGAGCCAUAUCUGUCUGGGUGCCUUACCCAUGCACUUCUUGUGUACCUGAACCAACAGUGAACCACUCCUAACAUGGACAGUGCUUCAGUAGGACAGGUGCUUUAUGGUACACUUAUUUAGUUUUAAACCAAUCCCAAGCCUCUUUAGCCUGAGAGAGAAACCAGUCAUCCAUCUUUGUAAAAGCAUGUUUGACUCCCAAUAAGAAAAGUCCAAAUUGAGUUUUUCUCAUAUCUGGCCUGAAGGGCUGUUCACACAGAGACACACCGUUGGUUACCUGUGGUACGCCAAGCCUGGCAUCUGCUCCUCUCUUGUGCCGCAGGCUGUGGUUUUCUAGCAGUUUUUAGAGACAAAUAAAAGUUACAAAAUUGUAAACUUUUACAGUGCAAGUCGUACUUAUCAUCAAUAUCACACUUUACCUAGGCAGCCAAUCAAAUCAAGCAAGAGCUUUAUUACUUUACCACUUCCUUCCUAUUUUGAUGCUGUUUACUAUAUCGGUGAAUAGGUUAGCUAGCAAGCUAGGUAGCUGACUGUGAGAGAGCUACAGAGCAGGGAUGUAGUGGGGAUAAACCAAGGUGUUUUUGAAGCUGCCACACCUGUAGCAAUGCGUCUCUGUGUGAUCGCCCCCUUACUCUUUUUAGUCAGGAGAUACAUUUGACGCCUUCCAUGGUCACCAGUUCAGUCCAUCUGAACAACCCAGGGUUGUGGUAGUCCUCUGGCGUAGAAAAGAUCCGAUAACUCUGACAAGUUGUGACAUGCAGAGGGUGGUUGCCUCUGUUCUCUUCUGGUAUUAUGAUGCUUGAAUGCUAAAAUGGGAACAAGGAGGAAUUUUGUGGUCAGCAACCUUUCAGCAGUGCUCUUGCAAGUUACAUAAGUUGCUUGAUUGACAAACAUAUCAUCUUAUCAACCAUCUUAUGUGGAUUCUGUAUGGUUUUGAUAAUUUAACAUAUGGUGUGUUCACACUAUACGCGAAGUGCAAAUAACACAAGUUUAUUCACAGGAUCUUUUGGGUUUAAGUAUUAAGUAAAUAUUCACCCUUUAAUCUGGCUUACUUACAAAAUAAACAAUUAUUUCUGUGAUUUAAUGUCAAUAAAUGAAUCAAAAGGAUGCUGAAAUGACUACAUAUAUGAGGAAAAUUCACAUCUUUGCAUUGGAUUGGUUUGUAAUCUCAUCACAUGAAAAAUUCUCUUUGCUUUUUGUGUGAACACACCAUUCAAGUUUAAGUAUUUUAAUUUGUGGGAAAGCCAUUACAGCACUGGGUUGAUCACAUGGACUUAACAACGAAGGCAUUAUGCAGCAGGAACUCAAACCCAGUUCACUAUAUGGCUGCUCAAACACUAAACAAGUAUCACUGAACUAGGUUUGCACGCUCUUUCUCAUGUCAUAAUCAGUGGUUAUGUCUGCAUGGAUCAAAUUAUAUCUGCAAGUUUCUGGUCAAAUGAGCCUCCACCUUCCUGCUUUCAGGUCAAACGCAGCAUUGGAUGCUUUUAGGAAACUGCUGUUUGUAAAGAGGUGAAGGGUUGGUUUUCGCCAAUCAAAUUGGCCUCCUUCGCUUGCCUCUCUCUUUCCCGGCCCAACAAGUGCCUCAGUCGACGUAAACCCGACUGUGAGAGGAGAAAUCAAGGUCUCAGUCUGCUUGAAACUGAAUGGUUUGUGUCUUUACGUGUCAUUGUAGUGAGGCUAGAUUUAAUCUUUUUGCUCACAUGGAGCAUAUCCUUAAACAAUAUCAUAUUCUGGUGUAGAAACACUGAGUGGUUUAAGGGAGGCUCCACAAGAUGGGCUGGGGGAACUUGUGUGUUUGAGGUGGGUCUAUAGGGACCCAUAGCUCAUUCUUGCCUCUGAGCAGGUUAAUCCAGCCAAGUUUUGUAGUCUGAAAGCCAUCAAUCAUUCAAAUGGGAAUAACAGAGCACAUUUUCAGUCUCUCCUUGAAGACAUUUGGGGGGUUGCACUCAGUUGUUCCCCUGAAACAAUGACAGAGAAGAACAUGGGAACUGCCAUUGGAAAGAGGAUUUUAGAAGUCAGCUAUCCAGGCCUGUAAUGUUUCUAUAGAGCGCUGCAGGAAUGAAACCCGGUGUUAGCAUUUUAACCAACAAAGUCAAUGGGUUUAUUGAUGUCUGAAAUAAGGUCUGUGGUUAACAUGAGCUGGAGAGAUUUUCACGGUUUGUUUCCGGUAAAAUUGAUCAUGAAAUACUCCACCUGUGAAUGUUGCUGCUUUUAUGUGACUUAAAAAAGACAGAUGCUAACAAGUGUCUAAAUGAGACUACAGAGGUUGUCAGUGACAUUAAAACACAGUGACUUUACUCUCUAGUCCGCCUUUACAGCCUCUUCGUGUUUAUACUUGUGUAGGGCUCGUUAUUGUUCAAAAAUGUCAAUUCAUUGACUUUGAUACCAGUUCCUGAACGGUACUUAUUUAUAAAAUUCAUUUUAACAAGAAGGACAUACAUUAUACAUUACAGUACAAUUAUUCACUACAAAGGAGGAAGCUGUUCAAAGACCUUAUUUGUGCUGAUAAGACAAUACAUUUUUCUAUACUCUGUAGUAUCAAUGCAAUUCGGUCAGUUGAACUUCGGUAACCAGCUCUAUCUUCGCGCUCUUGCAACUAUUAUAACUCAAACUUUACAACUUUAAUUAAAUAUUUAAUUACAAGUUUAGUGGUGGUAAAGUCAUGUGACCAUGGUAGCUCAUUUAUAGCGUUAGCUUUUUACUUAAAAAUAAAGUGUAGUUCAUUAGUGAAGCAGCCGUACAAAAUCACAACAUAUUAAAAUACAGCACAAUGUGCGCCAUCCCUGCAGCUCUCUAUCGGACUACGUUCCCUGGUCUCUGGUAGCAGUAGAAAGGUUCUUCAGAGAGAAAGUGCUUCAGGCGGUUGUUGAAAUGUUUCUCCAGAGCGUUCUUCAGAAGGUGACUUGGGUUAUAGGUUGUCUUGCUGCAGUAAUGUGCUUAUUUCCUGCACUUUGAGACAAAUUGACAGGAUGGUUAUUAAUCUGUUCUUUGUAUGUGGCCUCGUUUUGUAUUUAUUAUCACAGGAACCGACACAGCACGCCAAACGUCUGUAAAUGCUUCUCUUUUUAUUUGACAGUUCUGAUUGAGUUUUUUGAUGAAAGCUAUUUAAAGCCUAAUAUAUUUGCUUGGUACAUAUUGGAAACACACAUGGUACUGUCUGACUGCAGUUUAUUUAUACACUAUAAGUCUGAUGUGUCUUUUUUAACACUUCCACCACUGGUGCCAUAAUAUCGUAUUUAUACAGCUUUUAGACAAAUGUUUGUUGUGUUUUAGAGCCUAAAUUUCCUGCUUUCAGAUCAGGGAAUGAUAAACUGUUUCUGCGUUUUGCAUAACGUAAAAUUCAGAUGAAUCAUCCAGCAGAAAGUUGUCUUAGUUUGAAACUAAAUGGAUGAGAUACAUGGGCACUGCAAUGGUUUUUGUGUCAAUAUUAUAACUUGUUGCUGAUCUUUUAUCAAAUGUGCUAAAAUGUGAAAUAAAGUUGUUGAAACCUCCAUUUUAGGUUUCCCUGGAAAAAUACCAAACAUAGCCUUGUUUUAGCCGACACAGCCAAACAUACUUUCACCAGAAAAUCUAUGAUUAGGAGUUCGAUUAUAACUAUAAGCAGGGGGAAACUGUUCUCUCCGUCAGAAGAGGAAAAGUCAAAUACCAAAUAACAUAUGAGACCAUUUUUUGACUUGGGUUAGAAAUGUUAAGUCUGAUGCUAACUUGAAUAUGUUGAACAAUUAGCAUAAUUAGCAUUAAUAAUCAACUAUAUAGACAAUAUCUCAUCAGCUGAUUGGUCGAUUUUGACAAUACAGGAGUGGUUUUGGGGGUUAUUGAGGACGCUGAAUCCAUUUCUGAUGGUUAAACCAGAAGUAUCCAUAUUUCAACUCCUAGUGGGCUGAUUUGGAUUCAUUUUGAGGUAAUUUAUAUGAUUAAUACAUAACCGCAGCAGCAAAGACACAGCAAAAAGAAGACUUUGAAUGUGUUUUCACUCUGCUUCCAGUCUUUGUGCUAAGCUAGGCUAAACACAUACUGAUAAAAGUGAUAUCCAUCCUCUCGUCUGACUCUCAGGAUGAAUGACAUGAUUUUACUGAAUGUCAACAUUUGAAGUGUAGUUUUUAUCCAACCAACUGCAGCCUGAAGACAUUUUUUAUAUGCGGUCUGGAAGCUCUUUGAGUUGAUUGUUCUGGUUCAGAGUUGUUCUAGAUAUUAAUAACUCCCUUUAAAAAGCCACAGAACGCUUCUGUUCAGCUGUCACACUGCGUUUCUGUUGAAAGCUAUUUUGAGUUUCUGUCGGCUGAUUUAAAACCUGAGCGUCGCUCUGAUCCAACUGUUACUGAUGUGUGUGUAUCAUGUUUUUAACCUUCAUUAAAUGUGGACUUUAACAGGA